CGGUCCUCCAGCCUCCUCGUUCCUUCUUGCCGCUCAUCUUCGCUCGUUGGCUGCAUGUAAACUCUGACCCCUUUGACGGCAAAUGUCAACCUGAGGCCUUUAGUAUUGCUUUCUCUGGGAGGUGGGGAGUGCAACAAGAAGGGGAAGACUGGCGCUGGUGGAUGUGUGCGCUCGAAAAAUCUUAGAAGAGGAAAAGCCGCACAGUCGUUCCACGGGCGCACGCACAACUCAGCGAGAGUCAGCGAGCGGAGCGAGGGCUCGAGCUGGCCCGAAACACAAGGCAGCCGCACACCGGGAGCUGAGCUCCGAGGACCGAGACAAUGUUGCACAUAUGAAAGCUGCAUAGUUGCCAUGGAAACGCAGUUUGAACUGAUACGUUGCUUUACACCAUGACACCCAGUAGAGGAUUCAGGAACUGAAGCGGGGAUCUCGUCCCACUGAUGGCCACGACUGGGUGUCAGCUGGUGUGCUAAAGCAAUGGGGAGCUGCUGGAGUUGUCUUUACAGAGACACAAUACCAGACAACCACCCAACAAAGUUCAAGGUGGCAAAUGUGGAUGAUGAAGGAAAUGAACUGGGGUCAGGCACAAUGGAGCUCACACAGACUGAGCUCCUUCUGCACACUCGCAAACGGGAUGCCAUCAGGUGGCCCUACCUCUGCUUGCGACGCUAUGGAUAUGACUCUAACCUCUUCUCCUUUGAGAGUGGACGUCGUUGCCAAACGGGCCAAGGAAUCUUUGCCUUCAAGUGCUCUCGAGCUGAAGAGAUCUUCAACCUUCUCCAGGAGCUCAUGCAGUGCAACAGCAUCAACGUUGUGGAGGAGCCUGUGGUCAUCACACGUAACAGCCACUCCCAAGACUUGGAACUACCACGUACUCCGCAGACCCCCAACACUCCAGCCUAUACUGUUCCUGGCUUUCCAAAUGGAUAUCCUGGUUUCCAAGUUUCAGGAGAUGGAACAACACACCCUGCAGCACUUCAUUCUGCUGUGGCUAACGCCUGCCAUCCCUCUAUGGGUGAGGACCAACUACACCGACAUGUCAGCAUGGAGGACCAGACACAUACCUACGUGAAUACCUCUGAUGUGGAUGGGGAAGGCCGUGGGCGACACUGUGUCCACUCUUUACCAGAGGUUCGACCAAAUCCUUAUCCUGACAUAUCUAGGGGGACUGGAGGUAGUGGAGGAGGUCAGGGUGGUCACUCCGGGCUUCACUGCUACUCUCUGGAUGAAAGAAACCCCCAGGUAUUCUUGCAGGCUCCUUCUGGUGAAGCAAAGUUUGUUCUGGGUCCAACACCUGCUCAGAGACGGCUGAUGGAAAGGGAAACCCUGGCCAAGCAGCUGCAUAGCCACCAUCACACUCAUCUGCCAGCAGACAAGGGUACAGAAAGAGAUGGGUCUCAUUCUCAUACUCCCCACCCCCACCACAUACACUCCUCAUGCCACCUACACCAUCACAACAGUAGCAAUGACCAUCAGGAAAGCUGCCAAGGGGUACAGCUUACCUAUGAAAAUAUUAAUGGCCUUGGUGGUGGUCUGCGGCGGGGUGGUGAUAACCGUCUGAAGUUGUGUCCUGGCAGUGCCUCACUUUCUGGUGGCUCCAGCAGCAGCAGCAGUGGUGGAGAUGGUCCCUUGUCAAUACCAUCUGCCUCCUCACAGGGGUUUGGCAGUGUUUGUGGUGGCCUAGGACCAGGCCACAGGAAAACUGCGCUCCUCAACUAUGAGAAUCUGCCAUCACUGCCACCUGUCUGGGAGUACCGAGCCCUACAGAGGGAGGAAGAUGAUGAGGAAGAUGAAGAAGAUGAGGAUGAAGAAGAGUAUGAGGAAGAGGAAUAUGAUGAGUAUUCAGAGGGCCCUGCCACCCCAAAUGGCUACCAUGAAGAAGGCAGAGGGCAGAGUGACUUGCGCAACUACGUUAAUACAGACCGUAUGCAGCACGGUGGACGGAGACCUGUGUGUCCUCCUCGCAGGCACCACAGAACUAUGGAUUGCCCAGGGAAUGCUGGAGUGUUCAACUUUGAUUUCCGAAGGGGGAUGAGCAGUGACUCUCCUCAGCAGCGGCAACUUAAUUAUAUCCAAGUAGAUCUUGAUGCAAAUUCUGAGCGUGGGAUGUCAGUCCCCAAUAAACAGCUGCCACUAGCCUGUGGUGGUCCCCCAUCUAGUCAGCCUUCCCGGCGCAGUGAGUUCUAUGCGGUUAUUGAUCUUAAGAAAACUGCUGCCAUGUCUAGCCUGCAGAGGGCGCUGCCUCGUGAUGAUGGUACCUCCCGGAAGACCCGACACAACAGCACUGACUUGCCACUGUGAGUGAGUACAAGUAAUGGGGGUGGCAAGAAGAGCAAAAAAA